UUACAAAUCAAAAACAAAGAGGACGAUCCAAAACCUUUAAAGGGUUUACUAAGUUCUUGAUUUCGUAAUGACAAUGAGUACUUUUCUUUUUUGGAAGAAAAAGACCCCAGCAGAGCUGUUGCGGGAGAAUAAGCGAAUGCUUGAUAGAUCUAUUAGAGAAAUAGAAAGGGAAAGGCAAGGUUUGCAGACACAAGAGAAGAAAUUGAUUGUGGAGAUUAAGAAAAAUGCCAAACAAGGCCAAAUGGGAGCUGUUAGGAUCCUGGCGAAAGAUCUUAUCAGAACACGGAAUCAAAUUGAGAAAUUUUUCAAGCUUAAAUCCCAACUGCAGGGUGUCUCACUUAGGAUUCAGACACUAAAGUCAACACAAGCAAUGGGCCAGGCGAUGAGAGGGGUCACAAAGGCUAUGGGGAAGAUGAACAAGCAGAUGAACCUGCCAUCCUUGCAAAAAAUAAUGCGAGAAUUUGAGAAACAGAACGAGAAGAUGGAAAUGGUCGGUGAGGUUAUGGGUGAUGCCAUUGAUGAUGCUUUGGAAGACGAAGAUGCAGAGGAACAAACAGAAGAGCUGGUGAGCCAGGUCCUUGAUGAGAUUGGAAUCAACAUAAAUCAAGAGUUGAUGAAUGCGCCAUCAGGUUCCGUCCCCACCCCUGCUGCAAAGAACAAGACGCCACAAGCUGAAGCAGAUGCAACCGAUGAUAGUGGCAUAGACAGCGAUUUACAGGCAAGGUUAGAUAAUUUGCGGAAAAUGUAGGUAACAACAUAUUAUUAUGAUAUUAAAUAUAUGUAAAUCAUUGACUUGUCUUUGAACCA